AUCUCAAUGUUAAGUAGAACGUACAGUUUUAAAAGCCAUGCUGUUGUGGUCUUUGAAAGAUAUGUUUACCGAGUAGCCGCGGUAUAUUAAUAAGCAUUACAUCUGUACAUGUAUGUAUGUUUUUAUGUUGGAUUUAAGCACCGUGCGAUUUAUAUAGUUGACAUAUUCAUACGAAGUGCAUGUUUUUAAAUUUUGAUUUCGCUGAGUUCGGUGUGCACACGCUGGGUCGCUGGAGGUAUGUGAUAUGUUUUGGGGUGACACAAAUCAUUAUCCUCUUGAACCGAAUAUAGCCACAGUGGCCAAAUCCGAAAUUAAACAAUUGUUCACCUGUGCUUUUUGCCAUUUAGAAGUGAAUUUAUAUAUCACCUUGUAAACUGUCAGCGUGUCCUCCUCAGGGAGUCGACAAAGGUCUUACUGCCGUAAAAGUAAAUAAAAAUAUACUUAUAUAGGAUGACACGCGAGUUCUCUUAACAGCUGGAUGUGUAUUUAUUACGUCUACAAAUACUCGUACAAGGAAUGAAUGUGAGUUUUUGAUGGACAGAAGUUAAGACCAUGGCCAAGCAGACGGCAGCUAAUGGUGAUGAUGUCAGACAGCGUAUGAGAGAUGGCAAAGAUGAAAGAGAAGACAUACAGAGAAGGUCCUUCACCAAGUGGAUCAACUCACAGCUGUCAAAGGCUGGCCAUUCCUUGGUAACAGACUUGUUUUCGGAUCUUAGAGACGGUACUCUUCUAUUGUCACUGUUAGAAGUUCUCAGCGGCAAGUCGAUGGGAAAAGAAAAAGGUCGCAUGCGAGUUCACCACAUAAACAAUGUGAAUCGAGUUCUGGACGUGCUCGCUCGGAAUUACAAUAUUAAGCUGGUCAACAUCAGCAGCAAUGAUAUUGUGGACGGGAACCAGAAGCUGACACUAGGAUUAGCGUGGAGCAUUAUUCUUCACUGGCAGGUUAAAGAUGUGAUGAAGGAUGUAAUGGAUGACCUGCGACAGACUAAUCUGGAGCGGACGCUGUUGACCUGGUGUCGUCAGUGCACGGAGGGAUAUCAGAAUGUAGAUAUCCGAAACUUCACGACCAGCUGGAGGGACGGACUGGGAUUCAACGCUCUGCUGCAUCACUUCAGACCUCAGUUAUUUGUGUAUGAUGAUCUGCUGAAGAAUGACAAUGAAACCAACCUUGAGCAUGCCUUUGGUAUUGCACAGGACAAUCUGAACAUCGAUCGCCUUCUUGAACCGGAAGAUGUAAAUGUGAAGACACCAGAUAAGAAGUCCAUCAUGAUGUACCUAAUGUGUUUCUUCCAAGUCCUCCCCCAUGCAGACAUCCCCACCCCGGAGGAUGACCACCCCCCCUCCACCCCCUCAUCAGCCACAGACAACAGCAACUUUCAGUUCACUGAUCACAACAGCAACAAAGAGGUCAUCAUGUCCAUCAGCAGUUCCUCUAGCCAGCACAGCAUGACAAGCACACCCUCGGUUGAUCUUUCAACCUACCAGGAUGACCUUGAGAAUGUCCUUGCCUGGCUCUUGGAAGCUGAGGAAAUUGUGGAGAAACAAGAACCAAUUGGAAGUGACAUCAAGAAGGUCAAAGAUCAAUUUAAUCAACAUGAGGAAUUUAUGUUAGAACUGACAAAGCAUCAAGAUAGUAUUGGCAAUGUGGUUAAAGAGGGCAAUGACCUAAUUACUGAGGGCAAAGUCACAACAGAGGAGGAGAAUGAGAUCAGGGUCCAGAUGGGGCUCCUCAACAACCGGUGGGAGGAGCUCCGCCUCAAAAUGAUUGACAGGCAAUCCAAACUACAGAAGAAGUUGAUGACUACACAACAGAAACAGCUGGAUGAGUUAGCUGUGUGGCUGGAGAAGAUGGAGGAGAGGAUUCGCAAUCAGGAACCAAUCGGAUCAGACCUGGACGCUAUCAAACUUCAAAUAGCCAAUCACAAGAAAAUUCAACAAGAACUGGAGGUACAACAGAAAAAGGUGGACAACCUACAAGACAUGGUUGUUGUAGUGGACGACACCAACACAGAAUCAGCUUGUGAAGCCAUGGAGAGCCAGUUACAGAGGCUGGGGAAGAAGUGGGCAGCCAUUUGUACAUGGACGGAACAGCAGUGGCUGGUCCUGCAGGACCUCCUUCUUAAGUGGCAGAACUUCUCUGAGGAGCAGGCAAAGUUCUCUGAUUGGCUGUCAGAGAAGGAGGAGGUGCUGGGAACCAUGAUGGAAUGUGACCUUACUGACCCAGAUACCGUGAUCAAGCAGGUCAAAGAUCUCAAGUUGAUAGAGAAUGACAUGGUGGAACAGGUGCAGAGGUUUGAUGCCCUCACUGAGUGUGGACAACAGAUUGUACAGUAUGUUGACAAUGAGACCGCUGUACUCAAAAUCAGCUCUCAGCUGGAAAGCUUUCAGGAACGUUGGGAAAGGCUCGUUCAGCAGAUGGAGAUGCACAGCAAAAAGAUAGCAAACUCCGGAGUGGAACUGAGUAACGUUUCCAUGGAAAUGAUGUCAGAAUUCACAGAAGAUGGAAAACUUAAAAAUCCUCCAAAUACUGCCAAGAAACGCAAGGUAGACUCCGUAUUGAAGUCCCAGUUUGACAUGGAGUGCAAGAAACUUCUGGAGUGGUUCGACAGGACGGAGACAACCUUAGAACUGCUGACCAAGGAGGAAGAUGGUGCUAGUAGUUCUGCCAGUGAUCAGUUCACUGCAGAGGAACAGCUGGUUCUGGUUCAGGACACAGAAAAUGAAGUAGAACAAAGAAAAGUUGAUGUACACAAAGUCCUGUCCUCAGGCAGACGAGUGAUGACAGAACUCAACUUUGCCGGAGAGUCAACUGAGGCCGUGGCAGCAACAUUAUCAGACAUAGAGAGUCGCUGGGACAGGCUGGCUGUACUGCUGUCCGAGACUGUCACCAAGGUCAAUCUUAACAUUCAGUCCAAGAAAUUCUACGAUGAGCUCCACGCUCUCCAAGAACUGAUGUCCAGUUAUGAAAAGUGGGUCAGCUCUGCGGAGAGGAUUGCAGAGGAAGCCAUGGAAAUUACUAAACAGCUAGAGCAGUGCAGGGUGAAGCUAAAGGCCAUGAAGUCCCAUGAAGAAAGGAUAGAGAGGUUAAACAUGGAGUCCACCUCACUUUUGGAGAAUUCGGGCACUGCCUCACAAAUCCAAAUGGACCUCGAGGCAUUCACCAAGCGAUGGGAGACCACCUUCAACAAAAUCUACAAACGCCAGCAGGAGCUGACCAAUGCCCAGGACAAAGCGCCUCCUCGGUCCUACCUGGAGGCGAUGGAGGCCCUGCUGAAGUGGAUCACAAACAUGGAGAGCCUGCUGUCCACCGAGACGUUCCAGGUCACCGAGUGUGAAGUCAUGAAGGAGCAGCUCAAACAGUUCAGGAUUUUACAAGAGGACUUACAGGAACACCAGGGAAGUUUGGAGUACAUAAACAAGACGGGGAAAGAGCUGAUUGUAAAAUCAGGGCCACAUAACAAAGCCCAAGCCAUGGAGAAAAAUCUCGAGAAUCUCAACUCCAGGUGGACCCAUGUGUCCCAAGAGAUCAACUCAAGGCUCAACAAACUCGAACGAGCCAUAGGGCAAAUUAAGCAGUACCAAAACCAGACAAUCGGUUUGAACCGGUGGAUGGAGGAACUAGACGUCUUUUUGCAUGCACCAGAUCCAGCUACCGGGGAUGUCCCCAAUCUCACUGCACAAAUGGCGGAGAGCAAUGGAGUGAAAGAGGAUAUUACAACACUGCAACAGAAUGUCAACAACAUUAAGGGCUUGUGUGAACAGCUGACAGAAGAUGCCGAGCCCAAAUUUACUCAGAAAAUGUCACAGGAAGUGACCUCACUCAACACAAAGUGGAGUGAAGUAGUGACGCUGGCAGAGGAGCAGAAUGCACGACUAAAGGAUGCACUGGAAUGCAGUCAGAAGAUGUAUGAGAGGAUAAAGGAAAUGACAGAAUGGCUGGAACCCAUUAAGGAGGACCUUUCAAAUAAAGACUACGCUGUGGAAAGUUUGAAUGACCUUCAGGUCAAGAGUAAAAAGUUCAAGACUUUAAAACAAGAAGUUUCAGGAAGAGAAAUGGAAAAUAACAAAAUCAAUGAGGAUGCUAAUGAGAUGCUAAACAAAGCCCCAGCUGGGAGCUUACAGGACCUGGCCCGGGCUCUGAUGAGGAUGAAUGCCCUUUGGACUGAUGUCUACAACAGGGUGGGCCAUUACUCUCAGAUCUUUUCUACUGCAGAAACUCAGUGGAAGGAGUUCAGUGCCUUUUUGGAUGAAGAAACAGAACGUCUGAAUUUACUGGAGAGGAAAAUCAAACGACCACGUCUUGCCAGCAGUGACGCAGAGGAAAUAUCAGAAGAUUUAGAUGACAUUGAAAUUUGCCUACAGGACCACACCCUGGAGAAAAAGACUAGACUACAAGGUUUAGGACAGGACCUCAUGGCUAACUCCAUCAUGGUGGACCACAUCAAAUCCCAGUUAGAGAUAUACAAUGAUAGGUGGAACAUCCUCGAUUGUCAGGCAAGAGAGAAGAUCCACAAUCUGGAGCAAUCCAUCAGCCAAGCUCAGGACACUGAGAGGAAGAUUCUGGAGAUGACUAACUGGAUGUCGGAUAUCUCGGAUCUCCUGCAGAAGAGGAUUGAGGCAGAUGUUGUAGCAGGUGAUGUACCAGGAGAGCAUGACUCACUGAAGGAGGAAUUCAAACAAAAUGAGGAGAUGCUGGCAGAACUGGAGGUGUUCGCUGCUGAUUUGGAAUCGCAAGGCAACAUGGAGGCUAGUGCUAGGCUGCAUGAACAAAUCGAACUGCUGAAAAAACAUUAUACUGAAGUGUCAAUAAAGUUUCGAAAGUUUCAGAGGCCAGCUGAUUUUGAGCCCAAGUUCAGUCGAGUGAAGAGAGAAUUGGAUAGCAUCGGAGAGCAAAUCCAUUUAGUAGAGAUUGGAUCAGAGGAUCCGGGAACUCUACAAGAGAAGCUUGAUAUCUCUGUGAAAUUUUACCGUAUGAUGAGCGAGUUGAAACCGGAAGUGGAACAUGUCAUCAAAUCGGGGCGACAGAUCGUGGAGAAACAACAGGUGGAAUUCCCUGACAAGUUAAACCAACAGAUGGAUGCCUUAAAACAGCAGUACAAUGAUCUAGGGGGCCAGGUAACUAAAGGCAAGUCCUCACUGGAGAAAGCUCUCAAGCUGGCCAAGAAGUUAAAAAAGGAGACAACCACAGUUAAAGAAUUUCUGGACUCGGUGAACAAAGACCUGGAUACAAAGGAGGCUACACCCGGAGUUCGGAAUCUGGAUACAGAUCUUUCUUAUGUCAAGUCUGUGCAAGAUGAAAUGCAGAAGAGGGUGUCUAUGUUGUCCACAAUGCGUGAACUAGUGAACCAGAUCCAGGAUCUCUCAGAGGACAAGGAACUUCCCGAGGCAGUCACUCACAUAGAUGAGCUCUGUACUGAGUGGGAAAGCUUAGCCAAACGCCUGACAGUUAAAAGAGAAUGCUUAUCGGAUGAUAUCAACACCCUGGAACUCCUCUUUGUGGAUUUCCAGACCUCGCUGAUGAAAGUCAAAGAAUGGCUCACCAAAGCUGAGAGCACAUUAGUGGCACAUGAGCAGCUUCCUGUUUACCAACAAAUGUCCGACUAUGAGAAAGAAAAAAUCCACAGACUCCAAGCGGAGAUCAAUGACCUUGUUGGUCAAGUGGAGGAAGUACGAGACUCGGCCCUCAGUCUCAUGAAUAAGAGUGAUCACUACAGUGCUAUGGUGGAGCCUGAGCUCACUCAUCUUAACCAACGCUGGGAAGACAUCAGAGAAAGGGUAAAGCAGAAACAACAGGUAAACGAAGUGAAUAUUUCAAUGGAAAUCACUAAGACAACAGUAAUGGAGGUAUCCCAGAGUUCCAUGACAUCGUCUGCUUCUGCUGUUGGUGAAAUAGAUGAUGGAGAAUUCCAGGAACAGUAUGACAGAAUUAUGAAGGAGGUCAUUGUCCUUGACAACAGCCUCAUCAACAAAGGUCAAGUAACAGCUGAUGACUUGACAGGUAGACCAGAGGAAAAAACUGGGGUGCUUGAAGAAGAAGUGAAUAAUCUCCAGUUGGAUGUGUCCACUAUUGCUGACCAGGGUAGACUACUGGCCCACCAGAUUGACCUGGAUGAUCAUGACAAAGCCAUCCGGAUCUACCGACAGGUGGAAGACAUGAAGUCAAAGUGGAACCAAGUAAAGACAAAUGCAGAGAACAAGAAGUUGAUGAUUUUGUCUAUGGGAAUGGUGUACAGUCAGAUACAGGAGGAGAUUCGAGACCUGAAUGUCUGGUUAGACAACAUUGAGAGGAGGAUACAAUCUGUUCGGAAGGAAGACCUAAAGGCCUUUGAAGAAGAGCUGAGCAGACGACAAACAAAACUGGAUUCAGUGAAUGAAGAAACAAAGCAACUAAAUGCACAGGGAGCUGGAAAACUAGUGGAGGAGGAUGUCGCACGACUGAACCACCGAUGGGAAGACAUUAGUCAACAGGUCAAAGGUCGUCGUGACAUUACCACCCCAGAUCGACCAGUGGUGUUCAAGUCCACUGUCAUCACAACAACCAUGUCAGCAGGGGUUUCUGGGAGAUCCCCCGUAGAGUAUCUACAAGACCUGCAGAAACUGGUGGAAGAUUUAUCUCACAUCCAAACAAUGUUGUUAUCUCAUCUACUGCAAGGAAACUUGUUUGAUGAUGUUGACCAACAGGGGGAUCUGCUGCAGGAAAUUCAGGGUCACUUGGAAGACAUACAUCCCCGUAUUGAGGAACUGGAACAGCAGAGACAGGAAGUACUGCCCAAGUGUUCCGCAGAGGAGGCGGGGCGUGUCCGUCUGACGCUGGAACAGCUCCGGGCAGACUGGACGCAGGUCAACAGCCAGUUCAACACAUCAUACAAGAGAUGGACACGGGCUUCGGAGCAGUGGAAAAAGUUUCAUGCAGAUCUGAAAGAGAUCACGACAUGGUUGCUGGUCGCUGAAUCAGAUUUAGAGCUGAAUGGUGACAUGGCACACAAGGGGAUUAGCAGUGGCCUGCAGACACACCAGGCAACGCUGAGCAGCAUGAAUACUACAGGAAAUGACAUCAUUGGACAAUCCAGUAUGCUGGAUGCCAAAGCCAUGCGAGAGAAACUGGAAUCCAUCAACAAGAGAUGGGAAGUGUUGUUUCUGGCAGUUCAGGACAAGACAGACAGGACGUGGACUUCAGACUCCAAACAGUGGGAGAGGUUUCAUGAUGAUAUGAAACAAGUGACAACAUGGCUACUUGUGGCUGAAGCUGAUCUAGAGAGGAAGGGGAAAGGGGCAUAUGAGGAGCUGAGCUGUGGUAUCAAGAGUCAUCAGAACAUUUUAAACAACAUGAAUGCCUCAGGAAGUGAAGUCAUUCGACAGUCCAAUAAGGUCGAUGCUAUGGCUCUCAGAAAGAAAUUGGACUCCAUCAACAAAAGAUGGGACACUCUCUGCCAAGCUGUUCUGGACCAAACCAACAGCUCAGCAGACAACAGCAUGAGGACGUCUGACUUCUCAGCAGAAAUGGAUGAUCUGUUUUUGUGGAUUGAUGAGACUGAGAAUGUUCUGGCUUGUUAUGUGACUCUGGAGGAGAAGAGCUUAGAUGAAGUACUAGAGAAAAUCAAGGACAAAGAGGAUGAAGUGGCAGGAAAAAAGAAAAUGUUGCAGGAGAUCAACACACAAGGAGAGAAGUUACUAAGGGAGACUACUCUUGCACCAGGCGACAAAGACAAUAUUCAUAAGGAUCUGGAUAGUCUCAAUCAGAGAUUUGUCAAGGUGGCUGUUGACAUUCCUGUUCACAUCACCCGGACAGAACAGAGACUACACAAGCUCCAGCAGUUCCAGUCCGAGGUGUCCAGCCUCCAGCAGUGGCUCACCUCCACCAGGACCCUCCUCGAGGCCCAGCAUGCCCCCUCCUCAGCCACGUCAAUAGACCAGGAUGACUCCAUUGUAGUAGACCCUCAGUCUACAAGAGCAGCUAUAGAAUCUCACACAGAGAGUGUAGAAAGCAUCAACAGCCAAUAUAGGGACUUAAUGGAGGAGUGUGCAGAACAGGAAGUAGUCAUGCCAGACAGUAUUCAGCAGCAAAUCAACGAGGUCAAUUCUGAUUGGGAGAAAUUACAGGGACUUGUGGAUAGAAUUAAACCAGUGGCUGACAACUUCUUGGAAGAAGUGUUAACACAAGUCAAAGUUUCCCAGAUGCAACAUAUUGUUGUCAGAGAAACUGCACAGAAGACCGAAAGUGUUGAGGUCCAUCAGAGCUCCCUCAUUCAGGAAUUUGACCGCUCUGUCGCGGAGCUGCGUGAUUGGCUGACUUUGUUGGAGAGAAUGCUGAAGUCACAGAGGGUCACAGUGGGCGACAUUUCUGACAUUGAACAGACUAUUAUGAAACAGAAGAGAAAUCGUGAGUGCAGUGCCGGCCUGGAAUUGAUGCCGCAUGAUCUGAGCACGCUCGAUUUUGAUGCUGUGCAUGCACUGAUCAGUGAUAUUUAUGAACAACUCACUACCCUAAAGAGUGUUCUGCAGGACAUGGAGUCCAAGAGACCACAACUGGAACAAGUUCUCAGCACAGCCAAGGAUCUACAGAAUCAGAAUAUGAGUGAAACAGACAGGAAGAUCCUUAAAGACCGAGCUGAGAAGUUACAAGUACACUGGGAAGAGGCGCUGUCACACGUGAAUCAACGAAAAACCCAGCUAGAUGACAUGCUGCUCGAGUGUCGACAGUUUGACGAGAUGAGUGCUGAGUUUGAGCGUUGGUUGGGACAGAUUGAGGAAGACCUCAAUGCCAACCCUGUCAAUGCUGCUGGCACUAACAUAGACCAACAGAUAGCCAAACAGAAACAACUGCAGUCAGAAGUGGACGAGAGACAGCGAAUCAUUGACAGCAUGAAGAAGCUGGCCAGUAAGCUUAUAGAUGAGUACUCCACAGACGAUACCAGUCACAUCAAGCUUAAGCUGGAGAAGGCCAUGAACCGAUGGUCCACUCUCUUACACCGGCUUGCCUUCAACAUCAAGUCCCUUCAGAACAACAAAAACUCCAUUGCCCAGCUGGACAGCACACUGGAUGGCUUCAUAAAGUGGAUGGUGGAAAUGGACUCCAGCUUUACCAGGCUAGUGGAUGAGACUGGACGUGAUGAUGUCCGACAGAAUGAAGAACUGUGCUCAGAGUACCUGGUGCAAUUUAAGGACCUUCAAGCAGAAGUUGAUACGAACAAGACAACUUACGAAUCUCUGAACAGUAGUGGAAAUCGACUGACGAGAACCAUGGGAGUGAGCGAUGCUCAGGCUCUCCACCGACGCCUCGAGGAGAUGAACCAGAGGUGGAUCAGCCUCAUGACAAAGUCCAUGGAAAUCAGGGGGCGUCUUGAAAGCAAUGCUGACCAAUGGCUACACUUAGUGAACACAUUACAAGAGCUGAUUGGAUGGGUGUUAGAGAAGCAGCAGGAGCUAAUGAGCCAGAGGCCCCUAGGAGGGGAUAAUGGGGCUCUUCAAAGGCAAAACUUGGACAAUCAGAGAUUGCUGGUGAGCCUGGACACAAAGCGACCUAUCGUUGAGCAGAGUUUGGAAGCUGGUCGAUUCUACCUCAGAGAGGAAGGUCUGGAGAGGAGACUUAGUCAGGACAGUGUGGACAGCCACGAAAAUGAAGCAUUGGUCCAGGGGGAGAUAACUCAGGAAGCACAGCAUCUCAUCAUAAAGAUCCGUCGACAGGUUCGACUCCUGAACAGAAAGUGGACCGAACUAAACCAAGGAUGUCACGAGUGGCAGGGUCGGAUAGAACAAGCUACAGAGUUGAUGAGCAUUCUACAGAUUGGGUUGGAAAAGAUGGAAGUACAUUUAGUCCAAGUAGAACAGGUCAAGACCGAUUGGCUUUCCGUGAGUGACAUAGCUAGGGAAAAUCUCCAAAGAGAAAUACAACACACAAAGAGCUUCCAGAUGAGUUUGGAACCUCUGCAAAAGGAUGCUGACCAAGUUAACGACCACGCCAACCAACUUCAGGCCGCGCAUGUAAUCCUGUCCCACACCAACGUACGCAAACUGGAGGAAUUCAACACCAGGUUUAAGGAGUUGCAGAUCCAGUCGGAGGACAGGCUCCGAGAUCUCACAGAGGCCUUACGAGAAUUUGGUCCAGAAUCGCAACACUUCCUGUCAGCAUCAGUGGACCAUCCAUGGGAACGAGCUGUGUCAGGGAACAAAGUGCCUUAUUACAUUAACCACACAACAGCAACGACUCACUGGGACCACCCCAUGAUGAACGACCUUAUGGAUAGCUUGGCGGACUUGAAUAAUGUCCGAUUCGCUGCUUACAGAACUGCCAUGAAGCUUCGGAUGCUUCAGAAGAAACUCAGACUGGACUUGGUUGCCAUGAGUCUUGCCACCGAGUCUUUCGAUCAACACAAUCUCAGGGGACGUAAUGAUAAUGUGAUAGACGUCAUAGACAUGAUCCGGUGCCUAAAGACCAUGUAUGAACAUAUUGAACAGAAACAUCAGAAGCUGGUCAAUGUUUCACUCUGUGUGGAUUUAGUGCUUAACUGGAUACUCAAUGUAUAUGACAUAGCCAGGAGUGGAAAAAUUCGAGUUUUAUCAUUCAAAGUAGGAAUACUGUUACUAUGCAAUGGGCAGCUGGAUGAUAAAUACAAAUUUUUAUUUCGCCUGAUUGCGGACACGAAUGGUUUCUCAGACAAGCGCCGCCUGGGCCUGCUUCUACAUGACUGUAUGCAAGUUCCACGACAGCUGGGGGAGGUGGCGUCUUUUGGAGGCAGCAACAUUGAGCCCAGUGUCAGAAGCUGUUUUGAAAUGGCUAACGGAAGGCCAGAAAUUCAGGUGAACCAUUUCCUAGAAUGGCUGAAGUUGGAGCCACAGUCCUUGGUGUGGCUACCAGUGUUGCACCGUCUGGCUGCUGCAGAAACUGCCAAACAUCAGGCAAAGUGCAAUAUCUGUAAAGAAUGCCCCAUUGUAGGAUUUAGAUAUCGAUGUUUAAGGUGCUUCAAUUUUGAUAUUUGCCAAAACUGUUUUUUCUCGGGGAGAAAGGCGAAGAAUCACAAACUUGCCCAUCCAAUGCAGGAGUACUGUACUGCUACAACCUCAGGAGAAGAUGUUCGUGAUUUCACCAAAGUGCUGAAAAAUAAGUUCAAGUCUAAACGUUACUUCAAGAAACAUCCACGGUUAGGCUUUCUGCCAGUCCAGACCGUCUUGGAGGGGGACAUUUUAGACAGUCCCUCACCGUCACCGCAGCACAGUAUCUCGUCCCAUGAUAUGCAUUCCCGUCUCGAGCUCUAUGCCAAUAGAUUGGCAGAGGUGGAGCAAAGACAAAAUUCAUCCACUCCAGAUUCAGAUGAUGAACAUCAUUUGAUUGCCCAGUAUUGCCAGAGUCUAAACGGAGAUACCUCAAAUCAGGCCUUGAAGAGCCCAAUGCAGAUAAUGAUGGCGGUGGACUCUGAACAGAAGUCGGAACUCCAGGCCAUGAUCCGGGAUUUGGAGGAUGAAAACAAGACUCUACAAGCAGAGUAUGACCGCUUACGGCAGGCUAAUGAGAUGAGGGUCGUCAAUGGUAAUGGUUUUUCAGACUCCAUGGAGGAACCUGAGGAUCAUGAUGAGGAAAUGAUUGCCGAGGCCAAGUUACUACGGCAACAUAAAGGUCGACUAGAGUCAAGGAUGAGAAUUCUUGAGGACCACAACAAGCAACUGGAGGCUCAACUCCAAAGGCUCAGACACCUACUGGACCAGCCCCAGGAAACCAGUCUACCGGUGACUGCAUCAGCUCCCACUACCCCCUCAUCCACCAAUUCUGGUCCCCAGGGACAGUCCAAGUUAAUCUUCAGCCCUGCCUUGGAGUCCACACCAAAAGUGAACGGUCAUUCAGAGGGAAAGAUGGAGGAAAAUGGUGAUAUCAGUGAUAUUGUUCCCAACACCAGCACAUCAUAUUCAGAAGACAAAGGGAACAGCAGUGUAGGAAACUUGUUUCAUUCCGCGGGACAGAUUGGGAAGGCCGUGGGGUCGCUGGUGACGGUAAUGACUGAAGAUGGAGAUGAAGAUUAAUUCUAACGAGACUCAGCAACUUCACUCAUACACAGCUAUCUGUAAAACUACAUUUUUGUAGGCUUUCCAACUUAUUGUAAUACUCCUUGUUUUUACAGACACAUUUUCACUAUUAAGUCAUUCUUGUCAUUUUAACUCAUGCUUUCAUGGUAUACAAAGAAAAUAUCAGUCGCUCUAUAAAUGUGUCAUGCAUGGUUGUAUUCUAACAUUUUUUAAAGGUUCAAGAAUUUUUAUGUUUUAGACAGAAAUAUUUUUUCUUUGUUUCAUUUUUCAGUCGGUUGUAGACACAAGGGCAUUGUUUAGUUUUCUUUUUGAAAUAUUAUUUUGUUUUAAUAUUUGUAUAUGCAUUUAUUAUAUAAACAAGAUUUAUGCAGUGGUAGACUUGGUUGUGAUAUGAAAGGUACUGAUUGUACCUUAAGCUAGAUCAGUCCUCCAUUCCAAAUUUGUGUUUCAGAUUCAAGAUUGAUAGUUUUUAGAACAAGAACCACUUUCUUUCUGCAUGAAAAUGUGAUUUUAAUUUUUGUCCCAGAAAAUGAAUGUUUUCAAAGAUGUUAUGGUGCUAUGUUAUGUAUACAGGUACUCUGAAAUGCAGUUAGGUAUUUAUAAGAGUUCUAGAGGGGGAAACUGAACUACUCUUAGUGAUGUGUUUUAUUUCAGUGACUGUUUCUCAGAAACACUGUCUUGUAAAUGAUUGGAUGGUAAUUUACUAUGCCCAGCUGUAAUCAAGACAGAAAGUUGUACUAAGAUUUCCAUUUUGUAUUGCAUGAAGUUGUGUAUUUCGGAGUUCAGUUAUUCGUCAUGCUGAAAAGCGUUAAUUUGUAUUCAUGAUAUAAAUAACUUGCUAUAUUUUAUAAAUAUUAUUUAUAAAUGGACUAAAAAGUAAUUUCGGUUGAAAGUUAUUAACUUUUUCAAUAAGGAUUAUCAAUGAUAUACUGCUGAACUGACGAAUUUAAAAAAAAAUUGUUUUGUGAUUAAAGUGCAUAUUCAUAAUGUGAAAAGCUAACUCCAGUGAAUGUGUAUUACAAAUAGUGAUGUGGAAUAAAUAUUUUAUUCUGGUGAUACAAACUAUCAAAUGCCAUAAAUAUACUAAGUUGUCUUUAUAUUAUUUCUCUGUAGAUUAAGCUACAGGACGGAUGUGAUUCACAUCGCAUAUAAUAAAUAUGCAUAAAUAAUUGAA